UCCUCGCGCUUGGACUCUCCUGUCAAAAGUUAUCGUGUUAACGGCCGGCCGGACGGACGGACACACUGACCGAUUCUAGAGUGUACUCACUUUUUGAGUACACAAAAAAUCAAUAAAGAUAUAAUAGAAAAUUAGAUAAAUCAUUCAAAUGAUUAAAUUUGAAACAAAAAAAAGUUUAUUUUCUUCAUUAGACUACAACUAUUAAAGUUGAUAUCUUCAAUUGAAGUUUUUAAUUAAUAUAAUUUACGAAAUUUUCGAUCCAGUUUUAUGUAUAUAUCGAAAAAUCAAAAAAGAAUAGAAUUUCAAUGUAAAGUUCUACUCAUAGAUAGAUCUAAUGAUCUAUAGAAUAUCCUGAAAGUUUCAAUCGAAAAAAAUGUUCUUUUGUUGAGAUAUCAAAUUUUCAAAAAAUAAUUUAUUUCUCACAGGCAUGUUCAAAAAAUCGAGUUUACUUGAAAAUUCAAUAUCUCAACAAAAGAACAUUUUUUUCAACCGAAAUUUGGGUAUACUUUUGUUGGUUUCACCAAGACAUCGACCUUGUAGGCUCAAUAUGAGCAAAAAUGAUGGGUAUCAGUUCAGAUGAUUCUCUCGUCAGCUGCGUGGUUACACUCUUUAGAUUCCAUGAAGAGAGAGUGAUAGAAUUUAUUCUUCGUAAACGUUUUUAUAACUGAUUAACUAAGAUUACAAGUGAUUAUUUCUGUAGAGCAACUAAAAGAAUAUUUCUAUCAGAAACUUUUCACAUCGUUCAAAUCGUUGGUUCAAUAAAGAUGAACGUUGAAUCUAUUUUUCUGAAGUGCAUUCUAUUAGAACUUUUUUUGUUUUGAUUAAAUUAACAUUUAUAGAAUAAAACUUAUUUUUCAUGUCUAUUUUUAAAGGCUAGCUGAAGAUAUACUUGAUUCUGAUCCAUCAAAAUUAAUUAUUGGUUCAAAUGUACGUAUUAAAUGGACUGAUGGUACGAUUUAUAAAUGUAAAUAUCUGGGCCGUCAACGAGUACUUUUAUAUCAUAUAAAAAUUAAUAAUGAAAUUCGACAACUACAACGAAAUGAAUUUUCACUUGAUAUUCAAUUACCAUCACCGCCACCAACACCUUCAGCAAAUGAAUAUGAAUUUGAUUCUCAUCGACGAUCAUUGUUAAUGUCAUCAACAAAACGACCAAGUCACCAAAAAAAACAAUCAGUUAAACGAAAACGACGACGUCUUCUUUUAUCAUCUUCUUCAUCAUCGGAUGAGUCUUAG